CAUGCAGCACCAGAACCUGAAGAUGACUUGAAUGGAUGUGAUUUUUCAGGUGAAGGAAUUCUUCUCUUUUCUUCUUUCGCUCCCGAACAAAUCUGCGAUAAAAACCUGUUUUUUUUUGUCUGAAAACGGCAUGUGAGCAAGAUUAAACUGGCUACUACAGAUUUUUUGAGUUGUGCCGAGACAAAGGAGAGCAUGGCCGUCAAUACGGACGUCGACUUCCUCAAGUCCAACCUGGGAGAAGGUGGAGGUGGAGGUGGAGGUGGAGGCGCCCGGCUGGCAGACUUCCAGGAGACGGAGAAGCUCCUGGCAGUCACCACGGAGCCGGCAGGACACGGACUGAAGAUGUCCUCCUCCUUCUCCGUCAACAUGGACCACCAGGACAAGGGUCCCGAGGCCGACCACAACGGCCACAGCGUGAACUUGAGGUCGGGCUCGGCGGGGCAGCUGGCGGCCGCCGCGCCCCUUUCGCCCUCCAAAGUCUCCCUCAGCCGCUCCUCCACCGGGAACGCCGCCGUGCAGGAGAGACCCAUACCUCGGGACUACUUGAUCCUGGUCAUCAUCUCCUGCUUCUUCCUGGUGUGGCCCGUCAGCAUCGUGGCCCUCGUCUACUCCAUCAUGUCCAGGAACAGUCUGCAGGCGGGCGACAUGGACGGGGCCAGAAGACUCGGAAGACUGGCUCGUCUGCUCAGUAUCGUUUCCAUCGUGCUGGGAGUAGUGGCCAUCAUCGUCUACAUCUCACUUUCAGUUUUGUAGACCGGAGGGACACAAACAGCCCCAUGAAGUCCAAACACGGAUGCAACGAGAGGAAAAGAAAAGAAUGCAUACAUUCAAAUCUGAUCUGGUUUUAUUUCCUCCAUACUGUAACUAUGACAUCAUGACGUUCCGGAAG